CUGGGUUCGUGGUGGUUAAGUAAAGUUGUAUUUGUUUCUUGUCGCUCAUUCAAAACGUGUUUCUUUUACUCUACAGUACAUUUAAAUAUAUAUAUAUUUUUCUGUUUAAUGUUGGCUAAAGAUAAAAUUGCUUCCAUACAAGUGGGAUGUUAGUUGGCUACAGCAGCAGCUCCGAAGAAGAAAAUGAAGUUAUACAAAACGGAAAGCGAAAAGGUGAACAUCUCCAAAGUGACGACAGCUCGCUGGAUAAUAAGAGAUCCAAAAAAGAAGCAGGUUGUCUAUUGAAAGUCACUCGGCUCCAGUCAGUGACAGACAGCAAAAAGUCCUCCAGCCAUGCGAAGGGAGAGGAAGCAAGGCCACUCCAGAAGUGUUUCCUAGAGCAACGAGCCCGCCUGCCCCUGCCAGGCAGCGUGCUGAACAUGUUCAAGGAGACCGAGGAGAAAGAAGUGUUUGAGGACAGCACCCAAUAUGGAGGACGGAUACGCUCCUUUGCACAUGAGCGAGGAAACUGGGCCACUUAUGUCUACCUGCCAUACCUAGCUGAAGAUGAGUCUCUGGAGCUGGCUGAUCAGCUGAUCUCUGGUGCUGGGUCCCAUGGUGUCUCGCUGACCAGAAUGGAAGAGUUUCACAUCAGCCUAUCACAAACUGUCAUUCUGCGCCAUCACUGGAUAGAACCCUUCAUCCUGUCGCUGAAGGAGGGUCUGGCUUCUGGCAGAAGGUUCUUGUGUGUUGCAGACAGAUUGAAGGUCUACACAAACCAGGAGAGAACCCGGACCUUCCUGGGGCUGGAGGUGAGAGCAGGACAUGCUCAGAUGCUGGAGAUGGUCCGAGCGAUCGACAGGACCAUGCAGGAGUUCAACCUGAGCACAUUUCACCAGAAUCCAUCAUUCCACAUCAGCCUGGCCUGGUGCGUGGGUGACUGCUCUGAGAGCCUACGAGGGUGCUUUCAAGAACUGCAGACUAUAGUUGAUGAUUUUGAAGACAGUGCUUCCCUGUUGAGAUUUUCUGGACAUGAAAUUCGCUGCAAGUCUGGGAAUAAAUUCUUCUCCUUCCCGCUACUCUGAUGUGGAGUGUAGAUCUGCAGGAACUGGACAUAAAACUGGAAACGGAUGGUAUCAUAUUCACCCCUUGUUACAUCCAAACUACACUAGGUAUCCAUGCAUGAACAACACAGGGAACUGAAGCUGCAGAGAGAUUAUGGGAUUUUAAAAUUGCCUUUUACAUUCCAUAUUUAUGAAAAUACUGUAAAAUAAAAUAUUUUUAAAAUAUU